CGUUGUUUCCUAGUCAAUUUGAUUGUGUACCCUAUAAACCUACGUCUGUGUUUGUUUAACGACUGAAUGCUCAUGUUUGAGUGAACUUCUUGCUGUGUUUAUGGCCCUAAACAGUUCAAAUGACAAUAGGGCCGAUUAAUUCAAAACCACACUUUUUCAUUCAUCGGUCAUUUUGUCAUCUGCAUGUUUGGUGCGCGCAUUUUGUCGGUUGAAGCGCAGAUUGCGCGUAGAAGCAGCCCCCCUCCCUCCUUGACAACAAUGACCAUCUGCUGCCUCUUUUUCAUUUUCAUACCCAGCAGAUUACUUCCCUGAUGCCUCUAGCUCCACUUGACACAAGGGAAACAGCGCCUUGAAGAGCAUCAGCGCCAAAAAUGCAUCAUACAUCCCCGCACUCUCCACACCAAACACUGCGCUCAGACAACCUGCACCGCUUUGCAUGCUCAGACACAGGCUGCAGCUCAUGAAGACGAAGCGGAUUUGAAUUAAUCACCGGAUAACAUAUAGCAAGUGUGCAUCGUUCGGUGAGGGAGGGAGAGAGGGAGGCAACUGUUUAGUUUCUUGGAAGCCCUGGGUUAGUCAGGGGGAGGAGGAGCGGAGAAUGAGCUAUUAUUGUACCAGCAGAGGCAACAGCCAGGACCCGGCAACAGCUAAGAACCCUGUCGGUAAUAAUCCGGGCAGAGACACCGGAGGAACAGACAGCAGCAGUAACGGCAGCCCAAAGCGAGCGAUGAGGGUGAAGAAAGGCUGCAACUCCACCGACGUGGGUGUCCCGCUGACCACGGAGGAGGACCUGCUCGGCAGCACGGUGAUCACUCCGGAGGAUGUUCUGGGUUUGCAGAAGAUCACAGAGAAUUAUCUGUGUGGCCCAGACGAAAAUGUGUACAGCAUCGACUUCACCAGGUUCAAGAUCAGAGACAUGGAGACCUCCACUGUGCUGUUUGAAAUCACCAAACCUCCAUCCGCAGGGGAUAAGAGGGAUAUGGACCCAAACGCCGGCCGAUUUGUCCGCUACCAGUUCACCCCUGCUUUUCUCCGACUGCGGCAAGUUGGAGCCACCGUUGAGUUCAUGGUCGGAGACACACCGAUUGAAAACUUCAGGAUGAUCGAGAGACAUUAUUUCAGAGACAAGUUGCUCAAGAGUUUUGACUUUGAAUUUGGCUUCUGCAUGCCGAGCAGCAGGAACUCCUGUGAACACAUCUACGAAUUCCCACCUCUGUCUGAGGACACGAUCAGAGAGAUGGUCCUGCACCCGUACGAGACACAGUCGGACAGCUUCUACUUUGUGGACAAUAAGCUGGUGAUGCACAACAAGGCGGAUUACUCUUACAACGGCGGGACGUAGAGACGACACACUGACAUGAAUGACCGGUGGAUGUACGCACUGACCUGAGGGACGAUCAGAGCUCACUGGUGGGGUUAACAUCCUGUCAGUCCAGUUGUCUGUAUCUUAUUAGUUCUCUUUAUCUCUUUCUCCCGCUGUGAGAAAAACCAUCAAGAAAAUGCUCAUACAGUUGUGGCAGUUGUGAUCUGUGUGGGUGUGUCUGUGUGUGUAAGCACAUCUACAUUUGGUCAAGCCUAAAAAAAAAAAGGCAACACACACACAGUUCACAGCUUAGUGUGGGAUCGCUGUGACAACAUGUUUUUGUGACAUGAUAAAGCCAGUAAGCAAGUUUUUCAGGAAAUAUAGGAUGUUUUUUUCGCUCUUUAGCCACAUAAGGUAAGGUGAAAAAAAAUAUCAUCUUCAAAUAUUCAUAGAAAUUAUUUUUUACUUAAUUAUUUUAUGUUUAGGGACACACAUUGCUUCUAAGAAGGUGUGUAUUCAACACUUAAGUACCAGUUUUGGCGAUUUUUGUCAGAUUCAAUGUGUGUUUGUGUGCUUUUUCAUGUCUGUCUGUCAGUUUGAAGCAUGAUUACUUCAUUAACUUUAUUAUAUAGAUGUUAAUUGAGUUUUCAAAGGUUAAAUCGAUAUCUAAAACCUGCAUCUUCUACACAGUUAUCAGUAGUAGGUACCUCAGACCUGUUUCGUGUUUCCUUCUCAGUUUGUCCUUUAGUGAUUGUUGUGUGACGUGUUAGCCAUAGGGCGUAUAUAUUUAUUGUCUUUGCUCAUAGCAUAUUUCUUUGCACACCUUUUUAAAGAGCCAAAACAUUGGAAACUUGUUUAGAUGAGUUGAUCGGAUAUGACACACUUUGUCCUUUGUGCACUAGUUGAACUUUAUCAGCCUCAUGUGGCUUUUUUUUAAUCCAUAAAAAGUUGUAAAAUAAAACUUGUCGGUUUGAGUUUUUACUGUU